AUGUUCAGGUCUUUUGUUUCCGCCUGCCUGCUGAGCUUUGUAGGCUCAGCUCUUGCCAUAGACAUCACCGGCAGGAUCAACUGGAAUGACGUCUGCCCGGACAUCGCUGCCCUCGGUCACGCAAAAGCUGUACUAGACGACGGAUAUACCCACUACGGUGGCAUCACGCGAGAUGGACACUUCACCAUACCGAACGUAGAACCGGGAACAUACCUCCUAUCCAUAUUAGCUCAUGACCAUGCAUUUGACAAGCUGCGCAUCGACGUCCCCGCCGCAGACGGGUCCGAGUCGCUGCCCGAAGUGCGCCCCUACAUCCCGGGCACGGUCAUUUCCAACUCGGCCGCGUCGCUCGCGUCGGUGCCGCUUCUCGCUUACCCGCCCACGCUCGCCGCCAAGCGGCGGAACGACUACUUCGUCGAGCGCGAGAGCUUCAACUUGGUCGGCAUGUUCCAGAACCCGAUGAUGAUGAUGAUGGCCGCCGCCGGGGUCCUCAUGCUCGCUACACCGUACCUCAUGAAAAACAUGGACCCCGACUCGCUGAAAGAGUUCAACGAGCGCCAAGCCCAAGUUGCGAAUAUCCAGAGUUCGUUGCACAGCGGGGACAUCAGGGGAGGAUUGUCCGCUCUCAUGGAUGUGGGCGGCGCCGGCGCGAAAGGACCAGAAUCCGCACCUGCCAACCCCGGCGUGAAGAGCAGGCCCGGCAAGGGCAAGCGUAAAUAG